GGAAGCGGAAGCGGCGAGUCUCCAUGGCGGUGGCGGCGGCGGCGGCGGCGGGACCCGUGUUCUGGAGGCGACUGCUGGGCCUCCUGCCUGGCCGCCCAGGGCUGGCCGCGCUCCUGGGACGCCUGUCCGACCGCCUCGGCAGGAACCGGGACCGCCAGCGCAGGAGGUCACCAUGGCUGUUAUUGGCUCCCUUGCUGUCCCCAGCUGUUCCCCAGGUCACCUCCCCACCUUGCUGCCUGUGUCCAGAAGGCGUGCACCGGUUCCAGUGGAUCAGAAACCUGGUUCCAGAAUUUGGAGUCUCCAGUUCUCACGUUAGGGUGCUUUCUUCCCCGGCAGAGUUUUUCGAGCUCAUGAAGGGGCAGAUAAGAGUAGCCAAGAGGCGGGUCGUGAUGGCAUCCCUCUACCUGGGGACAGGUCCUUUGGAACAGGAGCUGGUGGACUGCCUGGAAAGUACUCUAGAAAAGUCACUCCAAGCAAAGUUUCCUUCAAAUCUCAAGGUCUCCAUUCUCUUAGACUUCACGCGGGGCUCACGAGGCCGGAAGAACUCGCGCACAAUGCUGCUCCCACUCCUGCGGAGGUUCCCAGAGCAGGUCCGAGUCUCCCUCUUUCACACGCCGCACCUCCGUGGGCUGCUGCGGCUCCUCAUCCCUGAGCGCUUCAACGAGACCAUCGGCCUCCAGCACAUUAAGGUGUACCUCUUCGACAACAGCGUCAUCUUGAGCGGUGCAAACCUGAGUGACUCCUACUUCACCAACCGCCAGGACCGCUACGUGUUCCUGCAGGACUGUGCGGAGAUUGCCGACUUCUUCACGGAGCUGGUGGACGCGGUGGGGGAUGUGUCCCUGCAGCUGCAGGGGGACGACACGGUGCAGGUGGUGGAUGGGAUGGUGCAUCCUUACAAAGGGGACCGGGCCGAGUACUGCAAGGCAGCCAAUAAGAGGGUCAUGGAUGUGAUCAACUCAGCCAGGACCCGCCAGCAGAUGCUGCAUGCCCAGACCUUCCACAGCAACUCUCUUUUGACCCAGGAAGAUGCAGCAGCUGCUGGGGAUCGCAGACCAGCCCCUGACACCUGGAUUUAUCCGCUGAUUCAGAUGAAGCCCUUCGAGAUUCACAUCGAUGAGAUUGUCACUGAGACCCUGUUGACUGAGGCAGAGCGCGGGGCAAAGGUCUACCUCACCACUGGCUACUUCAACCUGACCCAGGCCUACAUGGACCUGGUCUUGGGCACUCGGGCUGAGUACCAGAUCCUGCUGGCCUCACCAGAGGUGAAUGGCUUCUUUGGGGCCAAGGGGGUGGCCGGCGCCAUCCCAGCAGCCUAUGUGCACAUCGAGCGACAGUUCUACAGUGAGGUGUGCAGCCUGGGACAGCAGGAGCGGGUCCAGCUUCAGGAGUACUGGCGGAGGGGCUGGACGUUCCACGCCAAAGGUCCUGUAGGACAGGCCUGGGCUGAUCUCAGCUCCUCCUGCUCCCAGAAGCCCUUGGGCAGAGACAGGGCUCCCCAGAGGGCAUCAGACUGGCCUGUGGUCGUUAUUUUCUUUCUGAUGGAGAAAGAUUGCAGUGCAAAUAAUUCUGGCGGGGAAGUUGAUGGGCAGUCUCAGGUCAGUUCACCGGGACCUGGAGGCCCAGAUUGCGAUCGUGACGGAGAACCAGGCCCUGCAGCAGCAGCUUCACCAGGAGCAAGAGCAGCUCUACCUGAGGUCAGGUGUGGUGUCCUCUGCCACCUUCGAGCAGCCGAGUCGCCAGGUGAAGCUGUGGGUGAAGAUGGUGACUCCACUGAUCAAGAACUUCUUCUGAGGACAGACAGGUGCUGUCUCUAGCAUCACCUCUCAGCACGGUUUUCCCGAGAGUUCACAGGUGGGGCAGGUGGUCGUUCUGACUCAACCAGAGCUUCCAGAGGGCUCUUUGAUCCCUUUCUCAGUUAAACACAGAGCAGCAUCUUCAGGGGUAUGGCAGCUGUCCUCAAAGUUAGAAGCUGGAUGCUAAAUUAGGCAGUCUGUUCACUUUCCAUCUGGUACCCACUCCACUAAGUCCCAAGGCGCCUGUGCUGGGGUCGGCAGUGGCAGCCUGUAGUCCCCUUCUGCUCUCCCUUCCUGGGGGGGGUCCUGAAGAAGCCUUGGGGCAAGGGCUCAGGGAUGAGGGGGCAGAAAGGCAGAUUGAGCCCCUCCAAGCCGAGCACACUGGUGCAGGAGAUGUAGACGUGGGAGGAGGGGAGCACGUUUGCUCGUGAGAGUGGCUCUGGCUUGCUGCCCUGGCCGGCUGUAGUGCACAGGGUGGGGCGUCGGUGGAGGCAGACCGUGGGCUGCUGCCUGGACGCCUCGCUGACAUCCCUGUGCUGCGGUCACAGAGCUGCGCCCUUCUAGACUCUGGAAGUUAAGUAACAGGACCCGCUCUGCCCACCCAGUAGGGGCCUGCCGCUUCACCAGAGGCACCAGUGGGGUCCCACAGUCACCUGAGGUACCCCUGGACUGUCUUGACGCCUAGAGGUCCGGGCAGGGGGUGGCUGCCAUUAAAGGUGGGGUCUUUGCUGAGUGACCUUUUGUGUCCUGGAUCCCUCAGGGCCUGGACUGCACUCCGGGUGGGGUCAGGCUCCCGAGGCCCCUGCUCUCUGGUUCUGGAUGUUGUGGGUAGUUCUGUUGCUUUGGAUGGUUGGGCCUUUGGAUGGUGGCUUGUGGGGAAGGGACGGUGAGGAGUCAAAGAUGAGCCAGGACCCAUGUGGCCGGCACAUGCAUUAGUGCCGGCAUCUCGUGUGUGCAGUGUGGGCUCCCUUAGUGCCUGACACCUUAGUGCUCUGCUAAAUCUCAUUUUUUAAAACUGUGUAGUUUAUCUUGCAGCUUUUCCUAGUUAUUUUAAUUACUUUUCAUUUUAUUUGAAUAGUGUGUGCAAAUGUAGAGAGUAAAACAAUACUGCGGCCAUUUCCUGCCCUCCCUUCCCCCAGGCAGCCACUCUUGGCUUGUUUCUUCUGAUGUGCACACGUGUCCGUAUUUCUAAAUAACGUGCAUAUCCUGCUGUCUUCCCCCAAAAUGUGUACUUAACCAAAACAGCACCAGUGUCACUCCUGAAACAAAAAUUACCAAGAAUGUCUUAGUAUCAUCAAAUACCUAAAUGGUGUUCACAAUUCCAGUUGCCUUAAUUUUUUCGAUUAUUUGACUUGAAGUCCAAUUAAGGACUACACCUUGUGAUUGUUUUUUCCCUAGCAAUUUAUUUUUUGAAGAAUGAACUUUAUUUUUAUUGGAUCUACUUAAAACAUUUUUGUGUCACCUAGUAGCAGGGGAUUUUGAAUACACGUCAUGUGUGUUUAUAAAGCCAGCUCUCCAUAUCCCCCAAUGUCUCCAGGAGCCGCUUUUGUGACCUCAGUGCCUGAUCUCUUGAUCUUCAGGUGCUUGACCCUUGCACAGAGAGAAGCUUCCUGGGCUACAGGGCGUGGCUGCCUGUCCUUUCGGGGAGUGAGAUUAGAUUUAGUCCCUGCACUUUGCCUCUCUAGAAGCAGCUUCUCGCCUUUCCCUCCCGAGGGCUGGCAGCAGUCACUGUCACCCUUCAUGGGGUCUGAAAGGUUGCAUGGGCUCACCUGGUCUUAGACAAGGACAGCUGCAGCUUCCGCACCAGGCAGACCUGCAGUUUGAGUGGCAGGGGAUAGGUGGAGUGGCCUGGCCACAGUGCCCUGGACAGCAGCACAUCAGUUAGCACUGUUUGCCUUCCGCCUAGUUAUUACGGUGUCCUGUGGGACAGUUAGACUGGAGGAGCCAGAGGAAUGUGCAGGGGCACUGGGUUUCUGUUUGGAGAGAGGCUCUCGGUAAACAGAGUUCGCAUUCCUCCAGAUUCUGUGGGACCAGAGUAAACAUCAUUGUGCCGCAGCCAGGCGUAAGCAAUCUAUCUGCAGUGCCGUUCCCGCAGCGCACACUGCUCCCUCUGUCUCUGCUGAUGACCUUCGAGGCUGUCCUAGGCAGGUUCUCCCUGAGGAGCUCCCCACACCAAGCCUCCCUAACUCUGCAAAGCAGCCGGAGCAAGAGAGCAGCGGGCGGUGGCCGCCGCAGUCCUCCCGGCUUUCUAGGUGCGCGGGGCUGUCGUGUUCCAGUCCCUGUGUUCCCCGUCACUGGAGUGCAGCUUAAGUGCGAAUCAUUUCUUGGAAAGUUUAGAGAUAAUUUUGUCAACUACCCACAAUAUGUAUGUGUGGAAUAGAUUACUUUCUUAUUUCAGGAUCUAAAGGCAAAAUGGAAAAACUUCACAUUUUGUGGUUAUUACCAGGGAUUGAAGUGAGUUGCCCGGUGACCCCUGGUGGCUUUAUCUCCCCUGGUCACCUGAAGGGCUGCAGUGACCCCUCCUGGCCAGCAGAGGUAUUGGCCCAGCCAGGCUGGGGGAGGCUGAAACUGCUUCCCUUCUCUGCGGCCACAAAGGGCUGGAUUCCUUGGGCGCCAGGAGGGGAGGAUUUUUCUUUUCCCUCCGAUAGCCCUACUGGGCGCUAAGAUUGUUGUGAAUCAUUACCCUCAGAAUUUGGACUUUCUAGAUGCUUCUUAACCCAUGAUUUAGGUGAGUAAACUUGGAAAAAUGUUUUCGCAAAACUUGAUGAUCAAGCUGAACUUAGAAUGAUAUUCCUAGUGGGUGUGUUUGCUUUUUUCCCCCCUUUUGAGACAGGGUCUCACUCUGUCACCCAGGCUGGAGUGAGUGGCAUGAUCAUGCCUCGCUGCGUACUUGACCUCAUGGGCUCAAGCGACCUCCUGCCUCAGCCUCCUGAGUAGCUGGGACCACAGGCACAUACAACAAACAUUCCCAGCUAAUUUUUUGUAUUUUUGAUUGAUAGAGAUGGUUUUGCCACGUUGCCCAGGCUGGUCUUAAACUCCUGGGCUCAAGUAAUAUUGCCGUACUGGGAUUAGAGGAGUGAGCUGCUGCACCGGCCUGCUUUUCUUUGAAGCCUGAGAAAUGUUGAGGGCCAGGGCAAAGUGGUUCACACCUGUAAUCCCGGCAUUUUGGGAGGCCGAGGUCGGUGAAUCACCUGAGGUUAGGAGUUUGAGACCAGCCUGGCCAACAUGGUGAAACCCCAUCUCUACUAAAAAUACAAAAAUUAGCUGGGUGUGGUGGCGGGUGCUUAUAACCCCAGCUACUUGGGAGGUCGAGGCAGGAGAAUUGCUUGAGCCCAGGAGGUGGAGGUUGCAACGUGAGCCAAGAUUGCGUCAUUGCACUCCAGCCUGGGCUACAAGAGUGAAACUCCCUAAAAAAAAAAUGUUGACCCUGUCUUCGUCCCCCUGGGAUCCGUCUUUUCUGACGUUUGCUGCUGUCUCCCCUCAUCCCCCAGGUUGCUAGUUAAUUCUCUCCCCUUGUGCCUGCACCCUGCUGCCCUAGCUAGCCUGGCCACCUCACUGCCGUGUCCUGCAUCAGCACAGCCACAGAGUCCUACAGGUCUGGGGCUUGCUUGUGGGAACGGCUUGUUCUUCUAGACUCUGGGGGCGGGGGUUUGGGUGUGUUUCCUUACUUGUAAAAGGUCCUGUUGUUUUUGGGAGCGGGGAGUAAUGGCGGAUGAGACGCUGUGUGGAGGCGGCAGCUCCGGGUAUGGGGUAACGCCCUGUCCCUUCAUUGGCAGGUGGUUUGCAUGUAGCAUCAGGCCAGAGGGUGUGAGUGCCAAGCCCUCACCCCACAUGCUGCUCAUGUUAAAAGCAAACCCCACUGACCCCCCCCCAGGAAGUCAGGAUUUGGGGUUUGCUUCCUGGAAUGCUUGCCUCUGGCUGCUGGGAACUGGGGCCUUUCCCCAAAGCCUGAGCCAGGCCUCACAGUGGCCAUCAGGCACAGAAUGGAUGGGCACAGCUGAGUGGCUCCACUGGCUUUAAUCUGCCCCGCCUCUUCCACACCAACCUCCACCCUCUGGUUAGUUCCGAUGUGCUUGGUUACAAAGCACCUUGAUUAUUUAAGAGAACAAAAAACCACCACCAGUUCCUGUAAAGAAUAAGUCACAGGUGCACAGGUGAAGGGCUGAGUUGUGGUCCAGCCCCAGGGAGUGUGGGCUGUGAGGCAGGAGCGAGCUAAACCUGUAGGAGCAGCGCCACGGCUGCCAGGAUCCACUUCACUGCCUUCUCUUUGGUCUUCAAGUUAAAGGUCCAGACAUAGGUGGGGCCGCGGAUGCGUGUUUUGUACACAGGACACUCAUAGAUGUUCUUGGUCUCCAUGCGGUCCACAGGAAUGGCCUUGAUGAAGAUGACAGGCAUGGCCGGGGUCAGCUCUUUCAGCCGCGCUUCAGCGAUGACUCCAGUCUGGGUGUCCCAGCGAGCCCCUGCAGGGACAGUAGGGCUGAGGGUCAGGUGUGCUGCCAGUAAGUGAGGGAGGGGCUGGCAGGAAGGGUGGGGUCCUCACACUCCCCGCCCUCUGCAGAGCUGGGCUCUACCCCAAAAGGUUUCAGGCCAGCUGCCACAGCUGGAAGCAGAGGCCUUCGUAGGUGAUGGCCUGCAUGUUAUAACUACCCCGUCUCGCUGGGCACAAGGAACAGCUCAGCUAAAGCCCUCGGGUUCCAUCCGUUUAAAUCUGUGGCAUUUUCAGCGCCUCAUCUGUCAGCCUUAAUGUCAGUGGCAGGAAGUCAUAACUCCAGCUAAAAAUUACAGAGUAAAGUUCCCUGAUUCUUCAUGUGUAAUGUCUGCCCUAUGUGUACAUACACAAUGUAAUUAUACAUCUGUGCAUAUAAAUAUUAUUUGCCUUUAA